AUGCCUCAGCAAUUGGGGUCCAAGGACUCGUCGCUGUUCCGUCAAGUGGUCCGCCACUACGAGAACAAGCAGUACAAGAAGGGUAUCAAAACGGCCGAUCAGAUUCUCCGCAAGAAUCCCAACCAUGGCGAUACGCAAGCGAUGAAGGCUCUCAUUAUGAGCAACUUAGGACAACUCGAAGAAGCGUUCGUUUUGGCCAAGACGGCGCUUAAGAACGACAUGAAAUCCCAUGUGUGCUGGCACGUGUUUGGUCUUCUUUAUCGGGCAGAGAAAAACUAUGAGGAGGCCAUCAAAGCUUAUAAAUUCGCUCUGAGGCUGGAACCCGAGUCGCAGCCUAUUCAGCGCGAUCUCGCCCUUCUUCAGAUGCAAAUGCGGGAUUACCAAGGGUAUAUACAGAGCCGCAACACAAUGCUGCAAGCCCGGCCUUCGUUCAGACAAAAUUGGACAGCAUUAGCGAUUGCUCACCAUCUCGGCGGAAAUUUGACCGAGGCUGAGAAUGUACUCAACACCUACGAAGAGACCUUGAAGACACCUCCACCUAGAACCGACAUAGAGCAUUCCGAGGCUGUCUUGUAUAAAAACACAAUAAUCGCAGAGUCUGGGGAUCUUGAAAGAGCGCUUGAACAUCUCGACACUGCCGGAAAGCGCUGUUCGGAUGUCUUGGCUGUCAUGGAAAUGAGAGCUGACUACCUUCUUCGUCUCGAUCGCAAGUCGGAAGCGGAGACGGCAUAUGCGGCUCUUCUUGAUCGGAACCCCGAGAACUCACAUUACUAUGACGGUCUCAUCAAGGCAAAGGGCCUUGCGGAUACCGACCACCAAGCUCUGAAGGCCGUUUAUGAUGAGCUGGUGGAGAAAUUUCCUCGCGGUGAUGCGCCUAGGCGCAUUCCCCUAGACUUCCUGGAGGGCGAGGACUUCAAGAGAGCAGCGGAUAAUUAUCUUCAGCGGAUGUUGCGCAAAGGCGUGCCGUCCUUGUUCGCUAAUAUCAAAGUACUUUAUGACCGUCCAGCAAAGCGAGACACCGUUCAGGAACUUGUAGAGGGAUAUGCGGCUGGAAAGAUAGAACCACAAACAAAUGGAUCAUCCGAGUCACAAAAGCCAGAAGACAAGACUAGUUUUGACGCUUCGACCUUCUACUUCCUUGCUCAGCACUAUGAUUAUCAUCUCAGUCGUGAUCUACAAAAGGCUAUGGACUAUGUCGAGAAAGCGAUCAGUCUUGUCCCAAAGUCUGUUGACUAUUACAUGACGAAAGCAAGGAUAUACAAACAUUAUGGAGCUCUUCCCAAAGCAGCAGAGGUCAUGGAGGAAGCUAGGAAACUUGAUGAAAAAGAUCGUUACAUCAAUACCAAAGCUGCCAAGUACCGACUUCGUAACGACGAGAACGACAAAGGACUUGAAGAUAUGAGCAAGUUCACUAGAAAUGAGAAUGUCGGUGGUCCUCUAGGUGAUCUUCACGAGAUGCAGUGUGUAUGGUACUUGACAGAAGACGGAGAGUCAUACUUACGGCAGAAGAAACUUGGACUUGCAUUGAAGCGAUUCCAUGCAGUCUACAACAUCUUUGAUGUAUGGCAAGAGGACCAGUUCGACUUCCACAGCUUUUCGCUCCGCAAAGGCAUGAUUCGGGCCUACGUCGAUAUGGUUCGAUGGGAAGAUCACUUAAGAGAUCACCCCUUUUAUACGCGCAUGGCCUUGUCCGCGAUCAAGACAUAUGUGUUACUGUAUGACCAACCCGAUCUCGCUCAUGGUCCGAUAUUCGCGGACAUGAAUGGUGUGGACGAGGAAGAAAGGAAGAAGGCGAUCAAGAAAGCUAAAAAGGAGCAACAGCGGUUAGAGAAGGCCGAAGCAGAUAAACAGGAGCUCAAGAAGGCCAGUGCUGCCAACGCCAAGGGUGCUGAUGGUGAAGUGAAGAAGGAGGAUACUGAUCCUUUCGGCAACAAGCUGGCUCAGACGACCGAGCCCCUUAAGGACGCCCUGAAGUUCCUCACACCUUUGCUGGAAUUCAGCCCCGGUGAUAUUCGGGCUCAGACCGCUGGGUUUGAAGUAUACAUCAGAAGACAAAAAUAUGCUCUUGCAUUGAAAUGCCUGCUCGCUGCACAUGCCAUCGACUCUUCGGAUCCGACAUUACAUGUUCAGUUCGCACGCUUCCGCCUCGCACUCAACAAUCUGAAAGAGCCACUACCCGAAAAGAUCUCAGACGUUGUCCUCAAAGAAUUCGAGGCUAUUCUCCCUAAAUCCACAAACCUCAACGAAUGGAACGACACUUACUUGACAUCACAUAAGGAGAAUGUGGACCAUGUCCGCGCUGCACUUUCAGCUCGUUUGCUCAUUGCCCCUAACGAAAAGUCCGCCUGCGAGAAGGAGUUUGUUGCCACCAUCGACCUCGCUAGCGCGACUCUAGAAAAGGCAAUCUCCGGAUUGGAGACUCUGGACGAGUGGAAAGCCGACGCAGCUACCAAACAAGCAUACAAAGAAAAGGCCCACAACAAGUGGAAAGAAGCCUCGGCAUUUGUUUCGAAGUAA